GUUCUUUAGAUGAUUGAAGUGAGGGUGUGAACGCGUUUGACGGAACAGCGCCGUGCCGCGCCCUGCCGUCCGCUAUUCGAGUCACUUUGAACGAUAGCUGUUGGGCUCACAUUCGUCUGUUGAGAGACUGACUUCAUCGAAAGGAGGACGCUAACAGACGAUGGCCGAGACCAAGGCUCAGACCAAUGGCCUGUCAGAUGGCCAGGCCAAGGCUGAGAGGUACGACCCUGACGACCCGGAGGCACAGCGGCAAAUGUGGAGGCCCCCAGACAUAGAGCAAGACAUGAAGGAAAUGGAGCGCCGAAAACGUGUGGAGAUGAUCAUGAAUAGCCAACUGUUCCGGGAGGAGCUCGAGCGCAUCAUUGAGUCACAACUGUCUGAGGGCUACACACCGUCCAAUAUGGCAGCGUUGCAGCAGGUGACGGAGCUCUUGCUGCCACAUGCGACAAAGCAGUCAACGAUUCGAGGCGGCCGUUGCUUGGUUCCUAUCAAUGAUGUUCGUGGAAUUGAUGGCUUACGCUACUCAAAAGGAGAAAAGCUGCUUCGCUGCAAGCUGGCUUCUCUUUGUCGCCUGUUAGAUGCAUACGGAUGGACCACAACAGCCUUCAACCACAUCACGCUGCGUGUGAGCCAAGACCAGGAGCAUUUUCUGGUAAACCCAUUUGGCCUUCUGUACCACGAGGUGACCGCCUCCAGCCUGCUCAAGCUGGACAUGCAGAGUAACGUCAUUGACUCGGGCACCACGACGUUCCAUUUCAAUCGGCCAGCCUAUAUGGUGCAUGCUGCUAUCCACGCAAACCGACCUGACAUCAAGUGUAUAAUUCAUCUCCAGCACCCACCCUGUGUCGCGGUGUCAUCGCUGAAACAAGGUCUUCUGCCUAUUACACCUGAUGCGGCCCUUCUUGGAGAAAUCGCUUACCAUGAAUACAGAGGCAGCAGUGCCGACACGCACGAGGUUGCACGCAGCCUGGGGCCCAACAGCAAGGUUCUGUUCCUGCGUAAUCACGGCGUGCUCGUGUGUGGAGACUCGGUGGAAGAAGCCUUCUCUAACCUGUGUUCAACUAUAGAGACAUGCGAGACACAAAUGAAGCUCGCACCCAUUGGUUUCGACAAUGUGCACCUUAUCUCUGAAGAGGCGCAGCGCAGCAUGCGCGAGGAGCAUGCACGCCAGAAGGGAGUCGAUGAGCCCCUGCCUGGUGGGGAUGAGGACAAGGAAAAGGCUGAGCCGAAGGAGAAACCCAAGCGCUGGCGCCCUUGCGACAUUGUCUUUGAGGCUCACAUGCGCACCCUUGACAACUCGGGUCACAGAACAGGAUACAUCUAUCGGCAACCACUGCUGCGCAAUGAGCAGCCACGCCUCAAGACAGAUGUGGAAGUGCCCCCAUCGGCCAGCUCCAUCGCUCAGUUUUUGGAAGAAGAUAAGUGGCUCAGCCCCUUGAAGAAGCUGUUAGAUGGACGGAAGACUCAGGACAAGCUGCGCUGGGUGAAUUCACCAAACACUUACCAGCGGGUGGAAGUGCUUGAGACAGGCACUGCUGACCCCAAGAAGAUCACAAAGUGGGUAGAAGUUGGAGGGAGUGGGGAAGCUGAUUCAUGGGUGCAAGAAGGUUCCCCCUCCCACUCGACCUCCGUUAAAAUAGACACGUCCCAUCAGUUUGUCCCCAGAGGCACUGACCCUGCUGAGUUUAAGCGCAAGCAGAAAGAGCUGAAAGAAAACCGCCUCAAUUCGAAAAUAAAUGCAGGGCCCCAAUCAAACCUCCUCGAUGGAGUCACUUGGGAAGAAGUUAAGAAAAUGCAGGAUGCUGUGGCGAGUGCAACAGGCGACCAAGUUGUGCUUGUGGGUGCUGCGUCGAAGGGGAUAAUUCAACGUGACUAUCAGCACAAUGCUAUGGUCUACAAAACUGCCUACAGUAAGAAUCCCUUUGACAACAUCACUGACUCGGAGCUUGAAGACUACAAGCGACUUGUGGAAAGAAAGCAGCGUGGAGAAUCAAUUGAUGAUGAUGUGCCGGACAGCUUAAAGCCAUUGCUUAUUGAACCAGUCGCUGUCCCAAGCCAGGGCCCACAGCGGACAUCCAGUCCACUGCAGUCACCUGCUCAAUCACCAACAUCACCUGCAUCUGACGAAGAAGAUUCGAAAUCCAGUGCUCGAGUGAAGCGGUCACUGUCAUCAAGGUUGGCCACAGAAGAGGAAGAGCGUAUCGUGCCACAACAGUUUGGGCGGCGAGCGCAGUCUGAGCGCAAGCCCAAGCGCCAGAGUGAUGCACCAGUGAAUGGAGAUGAGAAGCUGAGGUCAGCUGAAAGUGGCGACGUUUCAGCAGCAUCGCGCAGCAGCAAAGAGCAGAGCUCGCCAGUGAAGGAUGUCGAGGGUGAGUCACCCAAAAAGGACAAGAAGAAGAAAAAGGGGGGAUUGCGGACACCCUCAUUUCUUAAGAAGAAGAAGCACCGUAAGGAAAAGGAGGACAAAGAGAAGGCUGCCUCUGAGUGGCAGAACCGAAGCCAGUAGCCCCCAUCCAUUUGCAAGUGUGACGCUCUGCUGAAGAAAACUGCCAGGCACCCAAGCUCAUUCUUCCCAGGUCUAAUGCAGGCACUGCCAUCGAACUAUGGCUGGUUUAAAGCAAAAUGGACUGCAACGGCAGAUGACGACGCUUCAAGAGCUCUCUGGUUCUCUUGUUUAUAUUGUUGCAAAUGCUGGAGGACAUCCUUUCUUAUAGGGAACCCUGAGUGUUUUUUUUUUUUUUUUUUUUUUUUAAUCCCAUUUUUCAUUUUAAGCAAUCUUCUGCAGCUUUAGUUGCGGCUCUUGACAUAUCUUGCAAGAUGCAGGGAUAUUGAGUGCGGCAGUGUGUAAAAAUUAACUGUAUCUUUGUUACGGUUGGUUUGCUAAACAGCGCUGGAAGGACAGCUUUUAUUUUGUGUAACUUUUAUAUUGCUGUGACUGGGGGGAGCGGCAAGCUUCAUAUUUUUAUGUCUUGACGAGAGCACCAAGCAGAUUUUGUUCUAACCUGAAGCUGGCGUACGUCAGUUGAUGUUAUGUUGACGCUAGCCAAAGCAAAGGUUGUCUUGUUUGUGCAGUUAUGCACAGUUUAGACAUGGCACUGUUUGUCUGUCUCAUUCAAUAUGUGUAAUAAAUCGCCAUAUCGAUAUAUAUAUAUAUAUAUAUAUAUAUAUAUAUAUAUAUAUACAUACAUACACAUAUAAAGUCUGCAUACUUAGUGCUUUUAUCUUGUCCUUUUGUGGCAUUUUGAAUUUUAGAUGCAUGUUAAGGGUUCCAUAGGGAACUGUAACUAUAAUAGCAAAAAUAAAAACGGAAAACAUUGUUCUAUUCUUGCCCUUGUUGUCUGUCCAGACGGGGGUACUUGAAGGAAGGUUAUUUGAGCUCAGAGGGUGGCCACAUUUCUUAGAUGGCUCGUCAACUGCCAAUUGCAGAUCACUUCCAGCCUUUAGUGUGUUUAUUUAUUCACUUGGGAGAUGCUUGCCUAGCUUCUUAUUUGCCCAGAGCCUUGUUUGCAUGUAACUCUACAUGCGGGAAGUGUACAUAUUAUGCUGUUGGGAGAGACCCAGUCUGUGUGCGAGGUGGCACCAUGACCCUAGCACGUGCUAGGCUCCAGACCUAGCAGGGUGUUUGCUGCCCCUCUUGCUUGCUUGGGCCCAUGUAUAGCGGUGGCUGUCGCGGUCACCAGCUAAGUGCAGUGUUUUGGCAUAGCCUGGGACUCCUGUGCGUAUGCACCAUUUGUUGUUUCCUGUGCCCCUUGUUUUCCCCCAUCUUCUAGUAUGUGUGCUGUUUACCACAGCCUGUCUCCAAGUUGGUCUGUUGUGCUUGCCCCUGUUUUGUGUUGCUCUGUCAUCAGAGCCAUGUGCUUGCCCAUCCAACCUCUUGUUUGUCUGUAGCCACGAAUGUUUACUGGGUCUCAUGCCAGGCGUUGCGAGGAGGAGGUGCGACGGUCGUUCAUUUCUGGCUGCUUCUAUUUCUUCUGCUGUUGUCUUCUCCUGGAACGCAGUGUAGCUGAAAGGUGUACCUAUUUCAAGAAACUCUGGAGCUGCUUUUUCAGCCUACAAAACUGUGAAUAAAAAUUGAAAGUGUU